GUUAAUUGCACCUUUCACAGCAGGAGGUUAAAAAUUUUUUAGGUUAUGCUCGAAAUAUAAAAAUAAAAAAAAAUUGUUUUAAUUAAUUAAAUAAAAAAUUAUUCGUAUACUUUAGGAAGAAAAGCUUAUUGAAUAUUUUCACACCAAAGGCAAUAAGUUGAAUGUGAUAACGGAGAAAAGUGCUGUCAGUUUGAAAAUAUUUGCGAAUGCAGAGUUUUCGAAGCAGUGUGAAACUCUCAUGGAGAUUGCAGAAGCAUUGUAGCGCUGACGCUGAAAGGCACGUGUACUUGCUGCAGCGACUAAGAAAAGCGUCUCUAAUUACUGUCAAACAGUAUUCGUAUGUAAUUACCGCAAAAUCGAAUAAAAAAAAGUUAAACUUUCCUGUCGAGAUGACAGAUCCGAAAAUUGAAGAAGAAUUGACCUCGUAUCGCGCGAGUGUCAAAGAACAAGGAGAUAAAGUCCGUAAAUUAAAAGCCGAUGGAGCACCGGAAAUUGAUGUAAAAAAAGCAGUAGCUGAAUUGAAGAUUCGUAAAAAAUUACUAGAAGACAAGGAACUUUCGUUAAUUCCAGAUGCAGCUUCUUUCGACAGAGGCCGAAUGGAGGAUUUAUUAAAACGACGAUUUUUCUAUGAUCAGUCGUUUGCGAUUUACGGUGGAAUUACCGGAUUGUAUGACUUUGGUCCAAUGGGCUGUUCAUUGAAAGCGAAUAUUCUCAGUGAAUGGAGAAAGUUUUUUAUUCUCGAGGAACAAAUGUUGGAGGUUGAUUGUUCAAUUUUGACACCGGAACCAGUGUUGAAAGCCUCUGGUCACGUGGAUAGAUUCGCUGAUUUAAUGGUGAAAGAUGUAAAAAAUGGCGAAUGCUUCCGAUUAGAUCAUUUAAUAAAAAAUCAUUUAGAAAAAGUCUCAUCUGAUAAGAAAUGCACAGCGGCUGUUAAAGAAGAAUGCAACGAUAUUAUUAUCAAACUCGAUGGAAUGAAUAAAAGUGAAAUGACAACAAUUUUGCGAAAAUUUGACAUGAAAUCGCCAAUUUCCGGUAAUGAAUUGACCGAUCCAGUGGAAUUUAAUCUUAUGUUCGGUACACAAAUCGGACCCACUGGACUUGUGAAAGGAUUUUUGAGACCUGAAACAGCUCAAGGAAUUUUUGUCAAUUUUAAAAGAUUGUUGGAAUUCAAUCAGAAGAGGCUACCAUUUGCUGCUGCACAAAUUGGCAAUGCUUUCCGUAACGAAAUAUCUCCAAGAUCGGGUUUAAUUCGAGUGAGGGAAUUUACAAUGGCGGAAAUUGAGCAUUUCUGCGAUCCAGAUGACAAAAAUCAUCCAAAAUUCGAGAACGUAAAAGAAACACCAAUGCUAUUGUAUUCAGCGUGCAAUCAGAUGGAUGGAAAAUCAGCGGAGACGAUAACAAUAGGAAAAGCAGUCGAGAGUGGUCUUGUGGCAAAUGAAACACUUGGUUAUUUCAUGGCGAGAAUACAAUUGUUCCUAUUGAAAAUUGGAGUUGAUCCAUUGAAACUUCGUUUCCGUCAGCACAUGGGAAAUGAAAUGGCACAUUACGCCUGCGACUGUUGGGACGCUGAAUGUUUGACUUCGUACGGUUGGAUUGAAUGCGUUGGUUGUGCCGAUAGAUCGGCUUACGAUUUAACUCAACAUACAAAAUCGUCGGGUGUGAAAUUGGUCGCCGAUAAGAAAUUAACGGAACCAAAGCAGAUUAAUGUGGUGGAAGCGGCACCAAAUCGAGGCCUAAUUGGCAAAACUUUCAAGAAAGAUGCCAAGGAAAUUUUAGCUGCUCUUGCUGCCUUAACGGAAAGUGAAAUUGAUUCCAUGGAAGGAGAUUUUAAAGCAAAUGGUUCGUUUGAUUUAAAAUUGGCGGACGGUGCUUCAUGUGAACUUAAAGAAGAAAUGGUGGCUGUGAAACGCUAUCAGAAAAUGGUUCACGUCGAGGAAAUAACACCAUCGGUUAUUGAACCAUCAUUUGGCGUUGGUCGUGUGAUGUAUGCAAUUUUCGAGCACAGUUUCAAAUUGAGAGAAGGUGACGAGCAGAGAAGUUAUUUCAGUCUUGCGCCCGUUGUUGCGCCUCUAAAAUGUUCUGUUUUGCCUCUUGGAAACAAUGCAGAAUUCGAUCCAUUCGUGAAGAAUUUAUCUCGCGAUCUGACGAAUCAUGACGUGUCUCAUAAAGUCGACGACUCAUCGGGCAGUAUUGGACGUAGAUAUUCGAGAACUGAUGAAAUUGCAAUUCCAUUUGGAAUUACAAUUGAUUUCGACACUUUUAAAAUGCCUCACAGUGCGACAUUACGCGAACGAGAUUCAAUGAAGCAAGUUAGAAUAAAUUUGGAUGUAUUGCCGGGAGUUGUGAGAGAUCUCUCGAAUGGAAAAAUAACUUGGAAGGAAGUCGAACAAAAAUAUCCGAAAUUCGAACAAGAAGAGUCGGUUUAAGUUUCGUAAUGUUUAGUUAUUUAUAAAUUUUACACAUUGUAAUAAAUCUUAAUAAAUUAAAACAAUUUUUUGUCAUUGGUAAAA